AUGCGGGGUAAGGCAGGUGUGACAAGAGAUCGCCAGGUGCUUCUUUUCACUCUCUUUCCCCUUUUCGGCCCCGCCAACCGUCGACAAGAAAGCUUGGCGCCUGGCGGUGUCCAGUGCCGCCAGAGAUCUCCACCUCGAACCCACGUUCGGCGUCUUCUCCUUCAUUGCCGGUGGUAUGUGGGGAUUGGCGGGCUCACGGGCGACAGUCCGGCGACCGCCCCUCGGAGGUCGGUGUUGGGCGGGUCUGGGAGACGGCCACAUCGGCCAGACGAGCCCGGGUCGGGAUCCGCGCCGAAACCGGACCUAGCUUGUUCGGGAAGAGAAGAGUCCGACAGUGGCCGCAAAAUCAACGAGUUUGGUUCCAAGGGCCGUGUCUAUUUGUUGGGCUGUCGUAGCAUUGUCGUCAGUGAGCCAAUGUCGAUUCAAGUCUGGUGCCGAUUCUUCCUCUCCGAAGUAUCGACUUUGUCGUCGCUUGGACCUUUGAAAGUAUCCUCUGUCUACCUCCGGCUAUUAGAGUUGAUGGGCAACAAGCUCAGUUGCUAUGUCCCGAGGUUGCACUAG